CCGCCCGGACCAAAAAACGUCAUCAGGAAGCGCCGCGGCGGCGAUGAUAAAAACAAACGUACACAUGUCGCAAGAAGUAAUGAGAGAAUCCGCUUUCAGCCGUUUGUGUGCAACAGAAACAACCCGUAUUGAUUGUCUAUCAUAGUAAUAUUCCACCGACCAUUUGAGGAUCAACUACCAAAAUUGCAGGUAUGCCGAGCAGCUGUCCCGAGUGUGGCUCAUCUAAUGUGGUGGAGGAUGAUCUGUACUCUCAGAGGCAGUGGGUGUGUGUGGACUGUGGUUCAGUGGUCUCUGAGGGACAUCUGACCACCACAGUGAGCGAUGAGACUCAGGGCAGAGCUGUGCCCUAUCAUGCUUCCACAGAGGCGAUAAAGAAACCCUGUAGAAAUCUAAUUGCUGGUUUUUCUCGGGUGCGUGCACUGUGUCGUAUCCUCCGAUUAUCCAGUGACAUGGAGUCGGCAGUAGUGAGUCUCUUUGAGCGUGCUUACAACCACCCGAGCUUCAUCUUUGUGACCUUAUCCAAGAAAGAGAUCUUGGGAGGCUGUUGUGUACUCUCCGUCUGCCGCCAGUGCAACUGGCCUGUUGCCAUGGGAACAAUUGGUUACCUGUUAGGGGUGGACAAUGCGGCACUGGGCGCUGUUUAUCGGGAGUUUACAAAGGCUCUGAACAUUGAGAUCAACACUGUGGGCAUCAUGGACUUGCUGGAAAGCUUCUGCUAUGAUUUCAAGCUGGGUCCUCAACAGGUGGACGAAGUGUUUGCUGAACCCCCCCAACGGCUGGUGGACAGGACUUCAGCUUUGAUCGAACUAGCCGCGGAUGCCUGGAUAGUGACGGGCCGCCAGCCUCUGCCCCUCCUGUUUGCAGCAGUGUAUCUGGCCUGGCAGUCGCUAAAUCCUAAGGUCCGCAUGAAAUACACCUUUAUUAAGUUCUGCAAGAUCGGAAAAGCGCCGGAACAGUCAUGGCACAGGAGCAGAGAUUCGGUGGUGAAGCGGCUGAAAGAGCUGCGGGACGUGCUGUGUAAGCUGGGGCGAGCGCUGCCGUGGCUGAGGGGUGUCACGGUGGAACCCAACACUGUGGUCCCGCUGGUGGAUGACAUCCUGAAGAACCACAGAGCUUUGCUCAUGAGGGCUGUUAGAAACCACGAACAACAGCUGCAAAAUGAGUCCCAAACUGCACAAACGACAGAGUGUGACAAUGAGCGAUCAGAUUCAGACCGCGCCGAUUCACAUUGUUCAAAGCCAGCUGAGCUCAUGGAUCCUGAUCAGGCCGGGUGUGAGAAUCCUCCUGAUGAAGAAGCCAUAGAUUGUCAGCUGCCACCAAACCACUGGAGUAAAAGGCACUUGUUUUUACCCCCAUGUGUGAAGAAUCGCAAGCGGCAGAGGGUUGACGCUCCGCAGCCGGAAGUGACCGGAGAUGAAGAGAUAUCGGACAGCGAAAUUGAGUCAUACAUUCGCUCUCAGGAUGAAAUUGAAAUGUAUCUAAAGGUUCGGAAGGAGCUAAAGAAAAAUGCAUGAUUUUGUGCUGUUGUUUACAUAUAAUUAAUUACUGCUGAUUUCCUGAUACAGUCAGUUUUUCGUUACAUUGAUUUUAUUUCAUGGUUUUCUUGGAUUAGUUCUGUUCGUUGUUAAUAAAAAUCCUUUUUUCAGUUA